UACAUCUGUCACGAAGAACUCUUCUAUGGCUAACUUGACAAGUUCAGGGUUAUUUUAGUCAUUUUGAUAAUUUAAAAAACAGACAAAGGGUCUGUCAUAAAAACUAACGUGGGGGUGUAACUAUUAAAUAUCCAACUAAGAUGUUACAACAGAGGUCAGGAAGACUGCAGAUGAACAUGAACUGAAUGGGUUGUCUAACAGUUAACCUGAACAGAUGAGCAUUGAGCACCGCCGUCACUUCACAGUGCCGCCACCUGACACCGGCGAGUCAAAACACAACCCAACGACGACAUGGAACUGUUACCUAAGAGAGUUAUCAAAGCAAAAAAAAUACCAAGAAGCACUAACCGUAUACCGUCACAUGCUCCGUUCAUCAUUCUUCCCCAACACAUUCACCUUCCCAGUCCUCCUCAAAUCAUGCGCACUCCUCUCUCUCCCCCUCACCGGAUCCCAGCUCCACUCCCACAUCAUCAAAACCGGGUCACAGCCCGACCCGUACACCCGCUCUUCUCUCAUCAACAUGUACUCCAAAUCAUCUCUCCCUCACCUCGCUCGUAAAGUCUUCGACGAAGAAUCCAUAAACCUCACCAUCUCUUACAACGCCAUGGUUUCCGGAUAUUCUUCUAACUCCAUGAUCUUAGAAGCCGUUAACCUCUUCCGCAAAAUGCGGCGAGAAGUUAGCUUUUCGGUUAAUUCAGUUACAAUGCUCGGUUUAGUUUCGGGUUUCACGCUCCCUAGUCACUUAAAACUUGGUGCGUGCUUACACGCUUGUGGAUUUAAGUUCGGUUUUGAGUCUGAUUUAUCAGUUGCUAAUAGUUUUUUGACAAUGUAUGUUAAGUGUGGCGAAGUGGAACAAGCGCGCCAACUGUUUGAUGAAAUUCCUGUGAAGGAUUUGAUAACGUGGAACGCUAUGAUUUCUGGUUAUGCGCAAAACGGUCAUGCUCGACGUGUUUUGGAGCUUUAUUUUGAGAUGAAGAAGAUGGGUGGGGUGAAUCCUGAUCCUGUUACGCUUCUUGGUGUUUUGUGUUCUUGUGCGAACCUUGGUGCACAAGGAAUUGGUCGUGAGGUGGAAAAGAAGAUUGAGCAACUUGGAUUUCGGUCGAAUUCUUUUUUAACGAAUGCGUUGAUUAACAUGUAUGCUCGGUGUGGGAAUUUGGUUCGUGCUCGGGAGGUUUUUGAUUGUAUGGAUGAUAGGAACAAGAGUGUUGUGUCUUGGACUGCAAUUAUUGGCGGGUAUGGGAUUCAUGGAGAAGGUGAGAUUGCAGUGGAGCUUUUCGAUGCAAUGGUUAGGUCAGGUGUGAGGCCUGAUAGAACGGUUUUCGUGAGCGUUCUUUCGGCUUGUAGUCAUGCUGGAUUGACUGAGAAAGGAUUGAAGUAUUUUGAUGAGAUGGUGAGGAAGCAUGGUUUGCAGCCUGGUCCUGAGCAUUAUUCUUGCUUGGUUGAUCUUUUGGGUAGGGCUGGUAGAUUGAAGGAAGCGAUGGAUCUCAUAGAUUCGAUGAAGGUGAAACCGGAUGGUGCUGUUUGGGGAGCACUUCUUGGUGCUUGCAAGAUUCAUAGAAAUGUAGAACUAGCAGAAGUGGCUUUUCAACAUGUCAUUGAGCUUGAACCUACAAAUAUAGGUUACUAUGUUUUGCUGUCAAAUGUGUACUCUGAUGCUAAGAACUUAGAUGGGGUUUUGAAAGUUAGAAUCAUGAUGAGGGAUCGAAAGCUUAGAAAGGAUCCUGGGUGUAGCUAUGUGGAAUAUAAAGGAAAAAUGCAUCUUUUUUACUCUGGAGAUAAGAGUCAUCCCCGGAUUAAGGAAAUAUAUAGAAUGCUGGAUGAAUUGGAAAGUCUUGUGAAGGAGAUUCAUCAACCGGAUCACAAGUGUCAGGGAAAGACUGAAGAACCGUUAAUUGGUGCUGGGGUGCACAGUGAAAAAUUAGCACUUGCUUUUGGUCUCUUGAACACUAAGCCUGGAACAGAUAUUACUGUCAUGAAGAACCUGAGAGUGUGUGUGGAUUGUCAUGUGUUUUUUAAGUUGGUCAGUAAGAUUGUCAAUCGCCAAUUUAUUGUUAGAGAUGCCACUCGCUUUCACCGUUUCAAGAAUGGGGUCUGUUCUUGCAAGGACUACUGGUAAUAUCAUUGCGGCGGGACACACUACUUAUGAAACUCUGAUUUAUAUUUUGAUGGACAACAAUGAUGUGCCACCCCACCCACAUAGUUGAUUGUAGCUGUUGAUAAGAGAAAGGGGUUGUGUUUGUUGGAUUUAUUUAUCCAACGUCACCCAUGCGAUUCGAUGGGCUUGAAAUCCCAACCCAUGGCGCCUAUGAUGUGUUAGGCGCAGCCCAUUGAGCGCUCUUUGCUAUAAGGAAAUAUAGUUGCGUUUGUGCCCUCACUAAAAGCAAUUGUUUUUAGCGUAGUGGUAGACGCUUGAUCCAAAAAUGUUGAGAAAGUCUCGAGAAUAUAAGUAACUCAGCCCUUUUGAGACAAAUGUUUGAAUACUCUCAAAAUGGGAAAGGAAAAGUGCAAUUAUAAUUUAUAACACAGGAUUUGCAAUUUUUGCUGAAAGGUGCAUGGAUCCCAUUCAUCAUUUGCUGACAUAGAAUAUAGUGCAACAAUGCUUGUGUCUGUAGAAGUUGGUUAUGAUACUCUCGAAAAACAGGAUUCAGUUUGUGGAAAUUCUUGAGGGAGAAAAUUCAUUCUCAUUAGUGUUCAUUCCCAUCCAAAUCAUUCCUUUGUAAGUAUCUUCCAAAGGAGAGGGUGAGGAACCUUUCUUCCUUUACACUCCACAAGUUUCCCCAGUCCCUUCCCCAACCUCCUUAAUUGUGCUGGUACCUGCAGUAUUUCUUCUGAUUUUCUUCACCCCACAAAUAAUUUAACCAAACCAAUUGAUUUUGAAAAGAAAUAACUGGCUGUAGCUUAUAGAUGAGACUUAAGACUGCUUAGUAGUACUACUACUACCAAGUAUAUCAUGGCACAGCAAAGGAAGUAAUUGGCUUUGGUAAGCUUGCAAGAAAUAGUUGUCUGCAUACUAUUUUUUCAGUCAGCAGUGACUAUUUUUUGUUUAGCCAUUUUAUGACAUUCUUACACAUAUUUAAUCCAAGUGAUAGAUAUAGGUAGUUAGGAACCAAAAGUAUUACCCAUUUCUUAUGGUUGGGCGGGUUGAGAAAUGAGAAGGGACAAUUUUUCAAUGCAGGCCAAAAUUUUGCAGUAAAGCAUACUAAUUUAUUGCACGGAUUCUUAUAGGCCUUGAGAGUUGAUGUCUAUAGACUUUUUAGCCACUAAUAUAAAAAUGUUUUUACUACUGGUUGUGAAGUUACAUGUUUGAAGUUAACUAGGGUAUCUCGUUCUAAUUUCUCUUGUAGUACAUCCUAAGUUCCUAACAGUAUUUGUUAAUCCAUUGAGACCAUGAUCGGAUGUUGUGUUGUGUUAAAUGCCAUUUCUACUCUAGUUGAACUUUUAUUUAGAGAAAAAAAAAAUACCUUCAUUUUAUGAAACAGGUUUUAAGAUUCAUGUACCUCCAUUUCAAGGUUUUAAUCCUUGUAUUUGAAUUAAGCUCUAAACAAAGAUUUUAGGUCUUUUUUUUUA